CAAAGCUCACACAUUCAAGUGCAGACUCAGACUCAGAAAGUUGGGCGGGUACCGCGAAGAUGCACACAUAGAGCCACUAUUGAUUCACGGAGGUGCUCUCACCUCCGUUUUUACACCUGGCCAAACGGAGCCUCAAAGAGGUGGUGACUUCCUCAAGCCCGAGGACCUAAUAAGAGGCAGAGCCAUGUUCCAAGCCCAGAGAGGCUGGCUUCACAGGUAUUUAACCAUCAGUGUAUGCCUGUCCUCCUCAGUAGCCUAUAGUAGAUGAAUAACAGUGGUGCACACUAAGUGCUCAGUAAAUGUCAUCUGUCACUAGGGUCAUUGUUCUGAUUUUACAGGUAAGACUGAGGUGGAGAGAAGCCAAAUAACUGAUCCGAGUCAAAGCCAGAGCCCCAGAUCCAGGAAUACCUUUACAGACACCCCAUCCUCCCCCCAUGUCCACAAACACUUCUUUUUAGGGGAGCCAAAGCUUGGAGCUCAGAUGCGAGGGCGAUGUGUUCGGGCAUGACCUGAGCAGAGAGGACUUGGCAGGGAGCCCAUCAGUCCCCACCCUGGGUUGUGAGGCUCUGGGCUCAGAUCUCUGAUGCUCUGUGGUAGCUAGGAGGUCUACAUCCUGAGCUGGCUCUACCAGGCUGUGCUGUGUGUCCCUGGGUGAUCUCUCAAUCUCUGUGUUCUGCAAACUACACCUGGGAAGGCUAUUGGGCCCUGUGUCUGGAGGAGGAUUUGAGGGGUCCUAGAAGAAAGGAGUGGGGUGCUUUCUGACCCUGAGGGAGGAAUGGAAGCAGCCAGCUGUCCAAGCUCUUGGCUGGCGGGGGGAGGGGGUCCCUCCCCACUUCUUCCUGCCAAAGUGGAAUCCCUCGCAUCUCAAGAGGAGGCUUGGGGGUGGACGCUGGAAAGUAACAUCCAGUGUUACACUAGGCACUAGGAGGCACUAGGAUUUGAAUCCUCUGCUGCUCAUCCACCUUUGAGCCUCCAUGGUCUACUCUUGCCUUUGGACAUCUGUGCUUUUGACUGUUGAGCAACCUUUCCGGACUCUGCUUUGGCAUUUGUAUUGGUUCUGGUGUGAGAUUAGAAUGUGAUCACAGGUUUGCCCCUUGAUGGCUGAGGCAUAUCCCCUCACCCAUUUCCUCAUCUGCAAAACACUGGCACCUAGCUCUUAGGUCAUUGGGAGGACCAGUGAAAAGACGACUAGGAUGGGACUUGCUUAGACUGUGCAGGGGACCCUAGAACUCUAAUUUCUCCACAGAACCUCACUGCAGAUGCUUGGGUCAAGAGUGAGCCACUCCCACCUGUGGCUUCUGGAGCCCACUGGGCCACACUUCCCCAGAUCUGAGGCAAGGAGAGGCACUUCCUGAGCCACUUUCCUCAGCUGUGAGAUGAAAACACAACCUGUCUUCAAGCGGGCAGGGGUGGAGUUGGGUGGAGUGAUGAGAAUGAGGCACACAGGUGUGCAGGCCACAUCACCACAUUGGGAUUCCAGAGCAGAGGACCUGGGGGUUAACCUGAGGGGAGAUUUCACAGGAAAACAGACUCGUGGCUUCUCUGGAAAAUCUGGUAAAAUUGAGCCUCCUUCCCACUUCCUCCAGAGUGAUUCUGCAUGUGCCCGGGAAGGUAUUUCAGAUCAGGAGGAGAUGUGUUACUGGCCUCUGGCUGUGGGGGAUCCCUGAGGGGCUGUGAGGAUUUGCUGAGGGCCUCUCAGGGGAGUAAGAGGGUCAUCAUGAGAGAAGACAGGGCAGGGUUUUCCUGGCCCUGUAGCAUCAGAAGUAAGAGUCAAGCCCAGAGCCCCUUCCUUGGGCAUCCACCACCCAGUGUGAGCCAGCCCCUGCUGGGGUGGGGGAGCAGCCCCAUGGAGACAGCUAAUGCUGUCAUGAUGCAAUGUGGUAGCAGUCUUGCUGUGUAAUAAGGAAGCCAAAGCAGCUGACUGCCGGAAGACAGGUCAGGGGGGUUCCGAGGAGGCAGUCUUUGAGCUGAACUUCAAAGGUUGAGCAGGAUUUUGCCAGAGGUAAGGGGUGAUGAUGUUUUAAGUAGAAUUGUAUAGUCAGAGGUUUAGUAGCUUUAAAGUACAUGACUUGAUUGUGGGUGAAUGCUCUCUCAGGGUGGAGUGGCCUCACUGUUCUCAGUGUGGCCUUGGGCAAAUCAUUUCACUCCUUAGGCCUCGGAUCCUCACCCAUAAAAUAAGGCCUUCCAAUGAAGACUGGAUGGUAGUGCAUUUAAAAAUUCUGGAUCCCCUUAGACCAGAGGGGAUUAUGGAGACAUGCAGCAAAAUGACUGACAGGGCUGUGUGCGAAUUAAAUGGUAUGAAGUGAAGGUUAGGGUAGGUCUAGGCCUGAGUUCAGAGAUGAGGGAGUUCAGUACAAAAUGGAGACCCCAGAGCUUCCUGUAAGAGGUGGGAUGAGAACAGAGCCCCGAGGACAGAGAAGAAGAAUAGACUGAUAGAAAGGAAGAGGGAGGGUAUUUCAGGCAGGGAAGGUCAGCGGGUGCAUCAUCAUGGUUGUGGGAGAAGGACUGGGGAGAGGUGAGCCUGAAAGGGUGGGGGAAGUUUGUUAAUUAUAGCCCAAAAGGCAGGCAGCAGGGAGCCAUUGCAGGUUCUGUCCCUACAGAGGCAAGCAGGAGGGUGGUUUUAACAAUGUAGCAUCUUCCAAUGAGGGAAAGAUUUUCUAGUUGCUUUUACAUAGAAAAAUAAAAGGUUGGGAGGGAUAUAGGAGAAGGGAGAGUUGAUGAUAAGGAAGUGGGUUAGAGAAAGGUAUCACCGUGUACUUUCCAAUUCAUUAUCAAGCACGCCUAGUUUUAACUGAUGGAUAGAGUUUGGCAGGUAACAUCUAUAGUACUGCAUCACGAACUUGAUCUCCUGUGCUUAGACAUCUGCAAACCACCCCUGGGUACCAUCUUCGUUCUGUUGCUGGCUGCACAUCCACAGUGCUGUAACAGAUUGUUGCUGGUCUAAACAACACUUGGAUAAGCAUCUCUGUUCCCCAAACCUCCUUCUGGAUUGUUUCCAUUGGAUACCUUUCCUGAAGGGAGAUUUUCUGACUUUAAGGGAACUGAUGUUUUAAUGCCUUUUUUUAAAGUAUGUUUUUUAAGUUGUUAAUGUUUAUUUUUGAGAGAGAGUGACAGAGAGAGAGAAUGUGAGCAGGGGAGGGGCAGACAGAGAGGAAGACAGAAUUUGAAGCAGGUUCCAGGCUCUGAGCUGUCAGCACAGAGCCUGACGUGGGGCUCGAACUCGGACUGUGAGAUCGUGACCUGAGCUGAAGUCAGACGCUUAACCAACUGAGCCACCCAGGCGCCCCUGUUUUAAUGCUUUACAAGAUUUAAAACAUACCUUUACAGUAAUUUUCUUCACGAUUUUCUAUAGGCUAUAUUGUACAUGUUUUUUUCUCUUUCUUUAUUGUUAUUUUUUCAUCAUGAAGAGUGUACUCUUUAACCCCCAUACCCUAUUUCACCCAUCCUCCUCCCCAAAUUGUACAGGGUUUUUUAAAAAGGGCAAAUGUACACAAGCAUAUACAAUAAAAAGUCUGUCCUCCUGACCCCAUACUCUCUUCCAGUUUUCCCUGAGGACAGUUGUUAGUUCCUGUAUAUCCUUCCAAAAAUAUUCUAUGGAGAUAUCAUAUAUAUCCAAUUUCAGAAAAAUUGAUACAUACUGUUACAUUCUGUUCAGGAAAUUGCUUUCAAUUUUUAUUUUUAAAUUUGGGAUUAUGAAGUACACCAAAGAAGCAUAGAAAAUGACACCACCACACCUCCAGUAGGCCAACACAAAGGUUUAACAAAUAUUAACGUUUUGCACUGGCAUCUUGUUUAGGGCUGUCUUGCAGGUGGCCCUAUGUCAGUGCAGCCCCAUGCAGAAGAGUCCAGUUAUUGUUUAUUGCACACAUCAUUCUUUUCGGCCUGUGCCCAGCUCUGGGAUAGAGUAUUACUGAUUUUUAUUCUUAAAUAAUCGAUGUGGAGGCAAUACCCUACUUUGUAUAAUGUCUGCCCCAGUAUUAUUAGGCAAAGGAGAACGAAGCUCGGUUUUGGUUUUAAUUAAAAUAUCUGUUCAGCCACACUUCCUAGCUGUGUGACCUGGGGUGAGUGACGCCCCCCCCCCCCGCCUUGAUUCUCUUUACCCCUCUGUAAAAUGUCGUAGUCAUCCCUCCGUCUCAUCGCUGCUGGGAGAAGUACAGUGGAAAACUGAAGACUCCACUGGGCUUAGUUCCCCAAUACCGUUAAAGCCCUCCGCUGGAGAGACUAAGCUCUCAUAGCCACGCGCUGAAAGCACCCAGAGCUCCCAACUGCGGCUCAAGCUUCAAACUGUUCCCCGCCCCUUUCCCGGGCCACGCUGGGGGUGGGGCGGUUAAAUGUCUCUGUGACGUCAGCGCAAGCAGGACCAAUCGCCCUGCCUCACAGGCGUUAGUUCGUUUGCCUGGGUUGCCCGCUAUUGGUCCAUUGGGCAAUCCAGGCCCUCCCAGCUUUUUAAAGCUGCCGCGUAGUAUAAACAAGGAGAUGUAGGGCGGCCAGGCCAUGAUGUCAUCGCGGCGCGGUAGCUCUUGGGGCUGACGUCAUCUCCGGGGAGGUUGCCGACCCAAGGCUGUUAGAGCCUUCCUAACCUACUCGGGCUGGCUUAAGAGGCCGCUCCUGCCCCGUCGAAGGUCAGUCCCAUUGCACUUCAGUGUCUCAGGCGGCGCCCUGUCCCGGAAGAGAAGACCAUGACACAGGUUGUGAGCCCUGGCCCAGCCCCUCUACCCCUGUGCCACCCCUGAUGCGACCAUGGGCUCUGGCAGUGACUAGGUGGCCACCCUCUGCCCCUGUGGGUCAGCGGCAAUUCUCUGUAGGACCCAGCAGUACCCCGGGCCAGCUCCGGGGAAGUCCUACUGGGGCCUCCUCUCUGUGGUGCAGCCCCAGCCGCGAGGGCCCCCUGGCCAGCCUGCCUGCCCAGGAUGAGCACUUACCCUCCCAGCAGCCACCGUCCCGACCACACCUCCCUGUAGAGGAGCACCGAGCCUCGGCUCCUGCCGGCAGGAGCCCCCGAAUGCUGCACCCAGCCUCUCAACAGAGCCCGUUCAUGGUUGAUCUCCACGAGCAGGUGCACCAGGGACCCGUCCCUCUGUCCUACACAGUCACCACAGUGACGACCCAAGGCUUCCCCUUGCCUACAGGCCAACACAUCCCUGGCUGCAGUGCCCAGCAGCUCCCAGCAUGCUCCGUGAUGUUCAGCGGGCAGCACUACCCCCUCUGCUGCCUCCCACCCCCGCUGAUCCAGGCGUGUACCAUGCAGCAGCUCCCUGUGCCCUAUCAGGCCUACCCCCACCUCAUCUCCAGUGACCACUACAUCCUGCACCCCCCACCGCCAGCUCCACACCCCCAGCCUGCCCACAUGGCACCUCUUGGGCAGUUUGUAUCGCUGCAGGCCCAGCAUCCACGUAUGCCCCUGCAGCGGCUUGACAAUGAUGUGGACCUUCGGGGGGACCAGCAUCCCCUGGGGAGCUUUACCUACUCCACCUCUGCCCCAGGCCCAGCCCUGUCCCCAUCUAUGCCCCUGCACUACCUGCCCCAUGAUCCACUGCACCAGGAGCUGUCCUUUGGUGUGCCAUAUUCCCACAUGAUGCCUCGGAGACUGAGCACCCAGAGAUACCGCCUGCAACAGCCGCUGCCCCCGCCACCCCCACCGCCACCUCCGCCACCGUAUUACCCCAGCUUCCUGCCCUACUUCCUCUCGAUGCUGCCAAUGUCACCAACAGCAAUGGGGCCCACCAUCAGCCUGGAUCUCGACGUGGAUGAUGUGGAGAUGGAGAACUAUGAGGCCCUCCUGAAUCUGGCAGAGCGGCUAGGAGAUGCGAAGCCCCGAGGCCUCACCAAAGCGGACAUCGAGCAGCUCCCAUCGUACCGCUUUAACCCAGACAGCCAUCAGUCAGAGCAGACACUAUGUGUUGUCUGCUUCAGUGACUUCGAGGCACGGCAGCUGCUCCGAGUCCUCCCCUGCAACCACGAGUUCCACACCAAGUGUGUCGAUAAGUGGUUAAAGCGGCCCUGGCUCCCUGCGUCCCCUCAGCCUGCCAUGGGGCCCCAUCAGCCUGGCCCCACCCCCGUGAAGAACCCAAAGUCUUACUGUAUAUAACUCCAGGUGACGUUUCUAUAUUUAUAGCAGUGUUGAAACCCCACGUGUUUUACACAGAGAACCACCCUCUCCAAACCCCCCCUCCCUUUCCCACCCCAACAAAAGGUUUUCAGAAUCCUUAAGGUUCCUGGGGCAGGCGGAAACAGGCUCUCGGAUUGUGUGUCGGCUGCAGCAAUGAUUCCAACGAGCAGCUAUGGGGGGGAACACAACAUUAAAAAAAAAAAAAAUCAUUAAAAAAAGAUUUAUAAACAAUUAUUUAGGAUGUUUGUGAUUUGCCGACCUUGCUAUAGAUGCCAUGUUACCAAUGAUUUCCUGUGGUGGGGGCUUGUCAUUGUUUACUCUUUUAUUUAACAACUUCUGGCCUAGGCAUGACAGUGGGCACCAUCCCCCAGCCCUGGCUGGGCCCAGCACCUGUGUUCUGUGUUAGAAAGGUUUUAUAUAUAUAUAUAUAUAUAUAUAUAUACACACACACACACAUAUAUAUAUAUAUAUAUAUGUAUAUAUAUACACACAUAUAUAUAAAAAUAUAUGUAAUUGGGGGGGCCCUGUUCCUUGCACAUUUUACAGUUACCUCAUUUUUCCCAUGUAUGUAUUUGAGAAAAUGCUAAUAUAUAGAGAAAAAAAUGGUUCUUAAAGCUUAAAUGUGUGGUUUUUUCCAUUCCAUUGGAUUCACAUUGGUUUGUAGCAUUUAACAUAACUAGUAUGUUGUAUUAUAUAUAUGUGUAUACUGAUUGAAAUUUUUAACAGAUUUGUACUUUUUUUAAAAUGAAAGUUGCUAGUUCUGCUUGACCAAGUAGUGCAAUCAUUAUUUUUUUUAAUAUUGUUGCUGAUUUCAGAGGGAUAUUCACUAAUAAAUGUAUGAUGUAUAUCAAGUAUUGCCCAA